CACAGUGCACAGUCCUAAAUCCGACGUCAUUGGGGGGAGUAGUUUAGAUUUUUUUAAAUUAUGAUAACCCUGAAGAUAUCAUUCCUAUUAGCAAUUAAAUUGAAAGAAGUAGCCCCGAUUCCGACCCACAAACCUGGGAAAAAAGGCAAAAAGGAAAAGCGCGGAAAAUCGAAAUCGAAAAUCGGAAGCAAAUCAAAAACUAAAACCAAGACCAAACCUAAGUUAAAAUCGAAAAGCAAAAACAAAUCAAAAUCGGGCAAAAGCAAAAAAUCGCAAAACAUGAAGGAAAAAAAAGAGGACGGAGAAGACGAAACUUACGCUGUAAUCGCGGUGGAAAAUCCUAUCAGUUACGUUCACAUUGACUACGAUUUGUUUGGUAAAAAAUUCAAAUACGGGGUGGAUGUGGUUUGCUGGGAGUCGGUGGCAAAAAUCUUUACGAAACAUGGCACUAAAUGUUUGAAAACUGUCGUCAGGGACGAGGUUGUUUGGGUACCGGUCUUUCUGGAGCACUAUUUAAAUCCGCUCACUACAGAAGACAUACGAAAAUUGCUCCAACAGGAGAUUAGGUUGGAAGUGAAUAUAGGGCAAAGCUACGUCGGAAAAAAGGCACACUCAGACAAAACUUCUGUUUUCUAUCUGCGCAAAGACGAUGCUAACAACGAGUACUUUCCUGAAGUGUUGCUCAAAAAACCUAAAUCGAACGAAGAGCAGAUGGAUUUAAUUUGGAAGAAGUUGCUAACUUUUCCGAUUAAUCGUGAAAUUGUGACGUGGAUGUACAACAUGGACAACGUCCAUGCACACAAGAUUGCCAAAAUUGUCACAAAGAGGUCACUUGGUCAGGAGAUCCAUUGUAAGGAUUUUUGUGACGAUGGGAAAACCAAAGGGGGUAAGCCAGACAAAAAAGGAAAGAAGAAACGUGGGAAGAGUGGUAGUAAAAAGAGCAAGAGCAGUAAGAAAAGUAAAAAGGGCAAAACUAGUAAAAAAGGUAACAAAAGUAAGUCCAAAAGUGGCAAAAAAAACGCAAAGGAAGUAUCGGCGAAACUGGACUUUAAAAUCCCUGCGCACGUUUUUCUAUCUGAUCCAGAGUUAGCACUUUACCAAGUGAAGAACACUGGUACUAGAUUGGACGAACUUUAUAUCUUGCUGAGUAGUGACAACAUUUUAACUACUGAUCAGAAACUAGAACUGUCCCCUUUGUUGGUAAAAAUUCGGAAAAUUAACAACUUGCCUGAAGAUUAUUUAAAAGCAAAAGGGUUUAAAAACGUCUACGUCAGUUGUGACGUUCCUGGAAUAACACAAUUUAAGACUUCUUUUAGACCUAUAGGUAACACGCUCCACUUCGACGAAUCUAGAUUCAUAAUCACCUCCGAUUAUCCUUGGAUUAACAUUCUGGAGAUCUUAGAAACCCGACGAGUUACGACAAAGAUUAUUGGUGUAAAAGAACAACCACAAAGUCACAAGAGUGGAAAGAAGAAAGGUAAAAAGAAAACCAAGAAAGACAAGAAGUCUAAAAAGUCCAAGAAGUCGAAAUCAAGCAAAAGUUCGACCGAUCGCGGUUCAGUUGUAACCAGUUUUGACUUAACUGGAGCUACCUUCGACCUCAGCUCUUUGGCAAGCACGUUUUUCCUAUUCAAGGAAAAAGGACAGUGCUACACUUUGGAGUCACUACCUUCGCAGACCAGACUUGCGGCUGAGUGUUUUUUUAUGGAUCGUUAUACUAUGAACGAAGUGAAUUUUAAUAAUAUGGACAGAGUUGUGUCCGAUUCGCCUCUGUCCGGUCCUGUAAUGCUUUUUAAUGGCACCACCGUCAAAUUUGAGGCGCGGUUCUUAAUCCCCGUAUUUCCUUUGUAUUAUGUCAAAGAUGUUGGUGGCACCUACAAACGCCUCCUAGUUAUACUGUCCAAAAAAGAGGUCGCUAAGCUGUUUCUGGGGGCGAUUAUGUUGUACAACCAUCGUAUUCUAGGCGGUGCACCUUUAUUGAUUCCUAAUUUUCUAAUGAAGAAACGAACAGGUCUAAUCGCGUUCGACAGAUGUAAUGACCUCAUUUCUGGAUUUUCCAUAGACGAUGGCACUUCUGUUAUUACAUACGUAGAAGGUCCUUCAAAUGGUUAUAUCUUGCACUUAGUACACCAAAUUACUUCUAUGAACUAUUCCACAGCUAGAAUCUUUUAUAAUUCGGACUACAUCUUCAAAGAAAGACUUUACGCGAACUUCCACAAGAACAGUGGAAUGUACGUUAUGACUUUAAAGCUACCACUGGUUGAUAUUUUUGCUGAGCAGAAACUAUACGUGGAAGGGAAUGCACCACUGCACUGUUUUAAAGCGAUUCAGAAGUUAAAUCUGAUUCUGAAUUCUUCUACGUUCAAGUCGAUUUUGAGUUUUGAAUUGUUACCCACAGAGGUUGAAUUGUUGUCGUUUGCUGUAGAAUAUGGUUUUCAAAUCUGGUAUAAAGGCCCGGAGAUAGAUCUAAACGAGAGUGUGUGGUGGAAAUCGAACACUGAUCUAUUUGGAGGUCUUCCGUUGAAAUAAAGUUUUAAAUGUU